AUGCCAGCGAGUUUCCUGAGUCUUCCUGCUGAACUCCGCAAUGAGAUAUACAAGUAUCUCCUAGUGUGUAGAAAUCCUAUUAAUCCUUGGGGCACAGGACAUGAGCUUGCGUCAAAUCUCCUCUCCACGAACACGACAAUCCUGUACGAGGCCAGCUCACUACUCUAUGGCAACAACUGCUUUGACCUCACCUCAUUGAGCCCUAAACUUAUAUCCGAAUUCCUUAAUGCUAUUGGCUUGGUCAAUGCUUCUCACCUUCAAUGUAUCCGCAUCGACUUUCCUGAAUUUCGCAACUUUGAAGACGAGGUCAGCUUUGAGGAUAACCUACACACUUUAGCAAUGAUCCAGGCAUACUGCACCAACCUCAAAUACAUCACAACGACCGCUUCAACCAGAUAUUUCCAUGGAAAUUCAACUAGAUUCAGACAGCCCUACGAUUUGUGA